CAUAGCAGUAGCAGAGAGACGAACCCUAAUUCCCGAUCAUGCCGCCGGCGAACAAACUAGUACUGUGUGUUAUAAUCAAACCAAACCAAGAAAAGAUGCCAUGCUGUUCAUGUUUGCAACGAUCGUUCUUAGAGCUCUCUAAGCACUUGGAUUACAAAGAAGUACAUUAAAAGGAAAACACGAGUAACAUUGCAGAUGCUCAAAAUCUGUGCUUUGAGAUUCAUGGAAUCAUGGCUCCAAAUCUUUAAUAUGAUGAUUGGAAUUGUUUUUCUUAAAAUAGAGAGAAGAAGAUGAAAUCGUAGCAAUAAUCUGGCAACACAAAAAGGGAAAAUUCAGUAAAUUUCAAUUUGUUUUUAAGAGACCCGAGCCCGGCAGAUGAAAGGACACGCGGGCCCAUUUACAACUCCCGAAAAAUCCACAAACUAAGAGACGAAGAAACCAGAGCCGAACCCUAAUUCCCCAUGAUGCCGUCGAACAAUCUGAGGUCGUUGAUUGCGCAAUGCUCGGGAGGGAGAUGUGUCCGUAACUUCUCUGCAACCCCUAACCGCACUGAGUCCAUGGGAGCAGCAGGAGAGAUAGCUAUCAAGGUGAUAGUUCGAGGUGUAUUACUCGCUGUGGGAUAUGGGAUAGGUGUUUACGUACAUGGAGAUGAGCUAGCGAGAAUAUUGGAUAAGGAGAUGAGCUAGCGAGAAUAUUGGAUAAGGAGACUCGCGAAGCUUAGCUUUCGUUUCUAAAAGAAACUCUGUUUUUAUUUUCGUGAAUGGCUACUUGUUGAUUUCUGAUUGUAACAAGGUCUGUUUUUUAUCUUCGUGAAUCAAGACUUAUUUACGGUUAACCAACACUCACUCUAUAGACUCUAUAGAUCCAAGUCCAACAUAAUGUAAAUGAUAACAAGUUUACUUCACCA